AUAUAAGAGUAAGGAGAGAGAGAGAGAGAGAGAGGGGGUUUAGCAGUGAAAGUGUAUAGAAUUGAAUGAUUUAUUUUUGACGUCUGCCGUUAGCAGACAAAUUGAAUAACGUGCGUUAGCGCGUUAUGAUAAUUUGUCUUCUCAUCUGACGCCAGUUAUUGACAUGACGACGUCAAAAAUAAAUCAUUCAAUGCUUAUAUUUACAUUCCCUUACUGAUGAAAUCAAUUGUUUACUUAAAUAAAUCAAUAUAAAUUGCAGAUCACGGAGGGAGUAAAUUAGUAACAGCAAGAACAGCUGUUAUAUACAACCGGUUUAAACUGGUUAUCACAUAGACUGUUGAGUUGAGAUCGACGAGCAUGAAAAUAUAAUCCAUGAAAAAUAACUCUUGAAAUUUUGCUUUUAAUUAUAAAGUCAUCUUUUUUGUUGAAUAAUUGUAGAACAUAGUCAUGAUAGUGUUUUGACAACAUUCAUGAAAUAUAUUUUUUUAACCGAUAACAUAGAAAUCUUUGUUUGAGAACUACUUAUGUAAAUAACAUGUAAAUUCAUACUCAGUGAUUACGGUAGGUGUUGCAUUUAGAGGCAUUUAAAGAUCAUAAAUUUUAAUGGAAAAACACAGUAGAAUGUAAAUAUUGAGGGAUAGAGAGAACAGAUGGAAAGCAAAAACAUAUUUAUCAGGAAAUUAUAAGAAACAGGGGCUUUGAGACAGGGGCUUUGAGAAAGAAUGAGAGAUAAGAAGUACAAACUUAACAGUAAAAUUAUGAGAUAGUGAAUAAAGGAGUAAUAAUGAGAGAGAAAGAGAGAGAGAUUACAUGUCUGAGAGAAUAAGUAAGAUGCACAUGUUUACAUAACAGAUAAAAAGUGUUUACAUGUUUAUCAGUUCUGAAAUUAUGUGGGACAGAGGCUUUGAGAAAAAAUGAGAGAUAAGAAGUACUUGUUUAGCUGUAAAAUUAGAGAUAGUGAAUGAAGGAGUAAUAAUGUGAGAGAGAGAGAGAGAGAAAGAGAGAGAGAGAUUACAUGGCUAAGAGAAAUAGAAAGAUGCAUUAGUGCAUAUAUGUUUGAGAGAGAGCAAGAGUGCAUGUUUAGUAUUAGAAUUAUGAGAAACAGAGAUUGAGAGAAAGAAAUAGAAAUAGCAGGAAUACAUGUUAGGUAAAUUGAGACAGUAAAUACCCGGUAAUUGAAUUGAACUAAAUUGGGACGUGUACUAUACAUCUAUUUUUUUUUCUCUCUCUGACUUUCUGUGCUAGAUAAUCAUAUACCGGUAGUACACUUUCUCAAUUAUGUACACAUCCAAGAGAGAGAAACAGAGAGAAAGAUAUAUAGAGAUAAAACGAUGGCAAUAGAGAGAGAGAGAGAGAGAGAGAGAGAGAGAGCACCUCUUUCUCACUCAGCAAUCUUGUGUUGUAUUUUUCUACUGGUUGAGUGUCUCUAUAAUCAGAACCAGAAUGAUAGACCAUCAAUUAUCUAAGUAGGGAAAAUAUGGUAUUUCUUAAAAAAAACAUCUGCUUUAAACUAAAAUAUUUCUUAUUAAGUUUGACAUUGAAUCUAUAAAGCAAUAAUAAUUCUAAAACUCUUUAUUUUCAUUCAACAGGUUGUGACCCAGACCCCCCACAUCAUGGACACAGCAAGCUCCCAAAACAUCACAGCAAGCUCCCCAUACCGAGUACAUCUGUGUUCUAAGUGUCCGGGGGACACAGCGUACUAUUGUGUAUCGUGUCCAUGUGAUCUGUGUCCCCAGUGUAAAGAGAACCAUGUAAAAGAUCUCCAAACAAUAGACCAUGAUGUUGUGUCACACCGUGAUAAAAUCAACUACAUCCCAACACAAGAGAUCUGUGUGAGACAUCCUAGCCAUGUUUAUACAAAGUACUGUGAACCUUGUCAAGUUCCUGUGUGUGAUUUUUGGUUUGGACAUAAAUCACACAAACUCCCUGUCAGAAGUUUUCUCUUUGGAAAAAAAAAGCACAAAAUUCAGGAUCUGCAAAAAGCUUAUAAAUCAAAGCGACAACAACACAGAGGAACCAUUCACACCAUCAGGAGUGAGGCUCUCUUUUACAGACCUGUUCUCCUGACAGGAAUCAAAGCUGAUGUCAAAACCUGUCACACAGAAUUCUCCCUCCUUCAAUCAGAGAUGUUAACAAAGGCCCAGAAACUGAAGGGUCUCAUUGACUAUGUGGUAUAUGAUCUAUUGAACUAUGUGUUAUGUGACUUUGAUUUCAAACACAGAUGUGAAAAACAGAAGAUAGAAAUGAUCAGACAUAUUGUCAGAAUAAGGAGAUAUGAACACAGAUAUGUACAGCCAGCAUUCACAUUCAGUGCGCUACAAUUCCUCUCCUUCACAAAGACAGUCCUCCCCCAGAUACAUCUUACACUCCACACCAGCCAGCUCUCCAUGACUGAGUCACUCAACAAGGAGGAUGUGAUGGAGUCACUGAGUGCAAUCCAAAUCACAGAGAGAGGAAACCGACGCGUAGGAAACCAGUGUCUGCUGAAACUGACGUCUGGUGCUGAGUUCCAUCAAUCUCUCACACUGACAGGUGUUGAUCGUUGUUUACACAUUUCCUGUGUGACAUCAGACCGGGUCUGGGUCAGUGAUCUAAAGAAACUCAUGUUGACAGACACAACAGGUGUCCCUCUACAUCGUGUGGAGGAUUCAUGUAGUUAUGAAGAUGGAUUACACACAGUGAACAGUGAGAGUGAACUGAUUUAUAUAGAUAGGAAACAUAACAUCAACAAACUGUCAAAGGAUAUGAAAACAACCACCACAUUUAUAAAGAGAACAGACUCUACAUGGGAACCAUGGUGUGUGUACUGGUCCCCGUCCACUGGGGAUCUACUGGUCGGGAUGUAUAGAGAACCAUUGACAGGCAAGGUAACCCGGUACAACCAGAGUGGACAACUCACACAAACCAUACAGUACAGCAGCACAGGACGGGGACUGUAUAGUGGACCUGACUAUAUAACAGAGAACAACAAUGGGGAUGUCGUGGUGUCUGACACUUGGUCUGGUGCUGUAGUGGUGACAGAGCGUGGAGGAAGACAUCGUUUCUCCUACACAGGACAUCCACCAGGAUCAGUACUAUGGCCACAUGGAAUCUGUACUGACGUGCUGUCACACAUCCUGGUGUGUGAUGAUAGAACCAAAACAGUACAGAUGAUAAACAAGGACGGUCAGUUCCUGUCACGUCUACUGACAAAAUCACAAGAGAUGGGUUUACCAUACAGCCUGAGUUAUGAUGUCAACACUCACCGUCUCUGGGUCGGAUCAUGGAACAACAACAAGGUGUGUGUCUACAGGUAUAUCACCAGACAGGACGCUCUGACAGAUGAACACAGACCCCGUCCUGAUGAGGACACCAUGUCCAGCUCAUCACCAGCCGUAGAAUGGAGAUAGCUGGGAUAUUGACAGAAACUAAUCUGGCAGCCAGGAAAGCUGAAAUUUUUGUGGAAGACACCUCAGGUAGUGUAGAUUUAAAGUUGUAAACAUCUAGACCCCUCCCCCCCCCCAGAAGGGUGGGGCAACUAUUUAGUCAAUGGGGGGUCAAAUUUUUACAUCUGAAUGUACUAAUGUAGAGUAAAUGUUUGAAAAUCUUCUUCCCAGAAACUAUUAAGCCAGGAAAGCUGAAACAUAAGUAAAAGCAUCCUCAGGUCAAAGUUGUGAAAAUCAUGACCCCGGGGUGUAGGGUGGGGCCACAAUGGGGGAAGGGGGGCAAACUCAAGUUUGUUCAAAUCAUGAUCCCCUGGGUUAAGAUGGGGUGACAAUUUGGGGGGUGAGAUCAAAUUUUUCCAUAGGAAUAUAUAGGGAAACAUCUUUACUUUUUUUUUUAUCGCAGAUGCUUGAAAUUUUAACACACUUUUUGUUUUUGCAUGUCAUGUCGUGGGAUAUAUUUUUGUAUCAAUCAGACGUCAACCUCCUGUUUAAUGAGUACUUUGUUUAUUUUAGCCAAAAUUUUUUAAAAAAUUUUCCUCAAAGAUUUCUCAGCAGCUAUUUAUCGCAGAUGCUUGAAACUUUAACACACCAUUUGUUUAGGCAUGCAACAUUGUUGGAUAUAUUUCUGUACCAAUCGGAUGCUUUCUGUUAAAUGUCGACUUUGCUUAUUUUGCAUAUUCACAUCAGAGUGGGGGUAUCACUAGUGAGCAUUGGCUCACAGAUAUCUUGUUCUUUCUUUUAAUACAGUUAUAAACUAAUUAUUUUUGUUUCUUGCAGACAGCUGCUUUUAGAACGCCUUCAGGCCAGUUCAGGGGGAGACAGUAGAAAACCUUCCCGGAUUACCCAUAAUUCCAAUGGAAAUAAUGCGUCGUCAAUGGACUCUGUUUUACUGAAUGUGAACUUUAUAUAAAUAAUGCGUCGUCAAUGGACUUGGUUUUUCUGAAAGUAAAUUCAACAUAAAUAAUGCGUCGUCAAUGGACUCUGUUUUUCUGAAUGUGAACUUUAUAUAAAUAAUGUGUCGUCAAUGGACUCUGUUUUACUGAAUGUGAACUUUAUAUAAAUAAUGCGUCGUCAAUGGACUCUGUUUUACUGAAUGUGAACUUUAUAUAAAUAAUGCGUUGUCAAUGGACUCUGUUUUUCUGAAUGUGAACUUUAUAUAAAUAAUGCAUCAUCAAUGGACUCUGUUUUACUGAAUGUUAACUUUAUAUAAAUAAUGCGUCGUCAAUGGACUCUGUUUUACUGAAUGUUAACUUUAUAUAAAUAAUGCGUCGUCAAUGGACUUGGUUUUUCUGAAAGGAAACUCAACAUAAAUAAUGCAUCAUCAAUGGACUCUGUUUCUGUGUACAUGGAUUUAACAUUUAUGUGUUCGUCAUCCUUUUUAUUAAUUUUACAUUUGUGCUAUAUGUGUGUUUUACAUAAUAAGCUCCUGAGAUCUCUUAUAAAUCUCUGCUGUACUUUGGUGCUAGGACAGAGAUAUCCCUUAGAAAUGUGACGAAUGUGUGAUGAAUUUUUUUUUAGUUUUGAUUUGCACACAAGAAAUUGAUUAAAAAACACAUGCAAAGGGGGGUAACUCCAAUUUGUAUUUUCCAAUUUGAAAUGAAAGAAAGUUAUCCCCCUUCUACUUAUGUUUUCUAGAGAUAUCUGUAUUUUAUGCUGUUGAUCCCUGACAUUUUUUUGUAGGAGAGUUUAUUGAGUACAGUGGCGUCGGAAGCACAUUUCUCCCUCAUAAAAAAUGUUAUAUUGAUCAGGUAGAUGGAAAAUUCAUGUUUAUGUAAAUAGUUUUGGAGAAAUAUUGUGACCAAGUUUAAGUUUACUGAUUUUCUUUUGUAUUUACGCUUACCAUGAAAUACAUACUACUUAUAUACAAAUGAUGUUUGGUGAGUCGUAGCAAUCUGUAGAUAGAACUCAAUAAAUGUGAUAUUUCUUU